AUGGCGCAUACAAAGAGUCUCGGCAAAGCAGCUCAACCAGAAGAAGCACCGAUUGUAAUAAGGAACGUACGCGGAGUUACUCGCCGUACUAAUGUCCAAGAGAUAGAUGAAGGUCUUUUGGUCCAAGAAUUGCUGGUGGUUGAGGUAGAUCGUGGGGAAGGGGCCAUGCUUAACAGCUUAGUGGCUUUGGCAAUCGUUUUUGUGGCCGUUCAUAUUGUUUCGUUCUUAUGGAAGAAGUACUACACCCGCUCUUUUCUUGUCUGUAGUACAGUUGUUCUUCUCUUUUUCCCUUUAGUAACAGCUGUUGUCUCGCGCUCCUUUGUUUUCGUUGGCCUGUGGGCAGCACUGGCUUUGGUUCAUUUGGUGGGGUACAAAGAGAUAUGGCUAGGAAGACGGCCUAAGAUAAUUGGGACUAAUAUAUACCGGGUUUAUAGACACGCUUUCCGGCUAAGCAUUUUGCUUUCGUCUAUAGGAUAUGGACUGCUGGCUUAUGGGUUCUUCUUUGGGCCGAUGAACUAUGCGGGCCGUGGAGUUCUUCUACUUAUGUAUGUUCUUUACUUCACUUUAGUAUCUAGAAUUGGGCUGGAGUACGUUAGUUAUCGGGCCGCCGGAACUAUUUUACCAUCAAAGAGUGUUAAGAAGGCCGGAGUGUGUCCACUCUGUUCGGAAGCUCAAGGCAAGCUAAUUGCCCUAUCUUGCAAGGAGACUUUCCACGAAGAAUGCUUGAAGAAUUGGAAGAUUUUAGGGAAGAAAGAUACCUGUCCUUCCUGCAAAGAACGAGUUGAUUUAUCUGAGAUCAGUAUGAAUCCUAUUCAAAAGAACGAGUAUUUCUUCACUCAGUUCUUGGACUUCACUGGAAACCUUAUUCUGGCCUAUGCGGUCACUCAAGGUCUAGUCUUUUUCUUCCAUCUCUAA